CUGGCUCCCGGGACGCUCUUUCUUUCCUCCUCUUGUUCCUCCUUCUGCCUCUCUUCGCUCCGCCUGCAAACGCGGUGGGGGCUGCUCGGCCGUCAGGAGCAGGUUACCCUCCAUCUGCAUGCCCGCCAUCAAGGUAUGAGGAUGGUAGGAGCCCUCGUCGAACCAGUUGGAUGAAGACCACUAACGGCUUUUGUUUCCUCUGGUAACAGCAAGAGACAGGGCGACAUGAGAGAUUGCACCGCCAGCUGCACCGGAGAAUUUACUGGUAGGAUAAUUCAUCCCCAAAGAGAUUGAAGUGAGCUUCAGAAUGGCAAAAGAGGAGCCCCAGAGUAUCUCAAGGGACUUGCACGAACUGCAGAAGAAGCUGUCUCUGCUGAUAGACUCCUUCCAGAAUAACUCAAAGGUGGUGGCCUUUAUGAAGUCCCCAGUGGGUCAGUACUUGGACAGCCAUCCGUUUCUGGCCUUCACCUUGCUGGUGUUCAUUGUUAUGUCGGCCGUUCCUGUUGGAUUCUUCCUGCUCAUCGUGGUGCUUACCACCCUGGCUGCUCUGCUGGGGGUCAUAAUACUGGAAGGAUUGGUCAUCUCUGUGGGUGGCCUCUCACUGCUCUGCAUCCUCUGUGGUUUGGGCUUCGUAUCACUCGCCAUGUCGGGGAUGAUGAUAGCAUCCUAUGUAGUGGUCUCCAGCCUCAUCAGCUACUGGUUUUCUCCCAGGCCAGUGACACAGCAAAACACCAAUUACGACUUUCUGCCAGCCAUGAAGUCUGCAGAUUUCAAGGGUAUUUACCAGGAGUGAGUGGCUGCUCAGAGGCCGGGCUUCUUUUCAAAUACUGCUGGAUCAUACUCACCCCUUGGGAUUACGGCUUAGAAGAAGGGGGCUGGGUAGGCAAGCACUCCUUGGCUGUGUCCUCUCGCUUUUUCACUUAUUUGUAGGAUCCCGCAGCAGCCAAUUUAGGGAUUGUGUUUUCUUGUGUUGGUUCCCAUGUAAAGAAGCAGCAGAGAAAUGCAAUGGUUCAACAGCUCGCCCUGCCCCAAGUAUGCAGACUUGACCUUGGCGGGGUCCUGGGCUUCUAGAGUCUAGCCCUUGACCCCAAAGCCUCAGGGCUUAUGUCCAACAGUCCCAUUGGGAGCAACAGUGAUUGUUUAUAGUUUUUUUGUUUUCAGAAAUGAGGGCAGCUGUUAAUUUUUUCACUCAUGUGAAACAAGAU